AUGCCGCUGCUGGGCUUGCUGGCCAAGGCCCAGCGCGAGGUGGCCUUCCCCAUCGAGGUUUUGCAGAAGGGCUUGACGAUCAGCAUUGCCGAAGCUGCAGCCACACGGGCCGAGGACAAGACCCACAUCUUGGCCAGCAUCCGGCUCCAGUAUGAGCAAAGACAUGGGCUCGUUAGACGGCAGCAGGCCAACCACCCGGCUUAUGAGGCUGUGAACCAGGCAUUGGCGUCGCACUUUGCGCUGGCGAGCUGGUUCGGCUCCGUGACCCACGGCCGAAAUCCCACCCCGUUGCUGAGAGCUUUGGCGGCCGACAGGACUCGGAGCAUGGUGGAUUUGUCUUUGACGGGCUGCAAGAGCUUUGGCGACGCUGACUUGCGCGUCUUGCCACGGAACCUGCCGGAGGAGUUGCAAGUUCUGCGCUUGGACUUGGCUUUCACCGGCUUGGAAGCACCCUUCGAAACCACGGGCGACCUUCCCGACCUGGAGGUGGCUGGGUCUGUGGAGGCACUGGCGCUGCCCUUGUCGUUGAAGUCUUUGGCCAUGCGCUUCGCGGGCUCUCCGGGCCUUCGAAGUACUGAGGGCUUGCCGGCAUUGCUUCGGCCACUCUCGCUCGAGUCCCUGGAGCUCUGGUUCUCCAACCUGCCCCUGCUUUCGGACAUCGGCCCCCUUGGCUCUCAGAUCCGCGAGCGCUUGGACGCCUUGGCUUUGUCGGUCAACCGAUGCCCUAACCUCGCCCUUGCUGCCAAGGAGGAUUUGGCAUCUCUUGAGAAGCUCAGCUGGUGCCGGCGUCUUUGGUCGUCACCUGGGCAGCGGUGGCACGUCAACGUGGAGGACGCCGAGGACCCUCCACAGCCGCCCUCGCCGAUGCUGCCGGUCCUGCUGGGAAGCUCCCAGCAUUCUCAGCACAACGACCUGAAAGUUCAGGGCGCGGGAUGCGCGGGCAGCCAGGUUCAUGGCGGCCCCGAGUGGGCCUCCGAUGUGGACUCCUUCUGCGUGCGGCCACGGGCAGAGCUUGCGUUUCUCUUCGUCCUGCAGGCGUCCAUGGAGAUCAAGAACAGAGUCACUCUGUUCGUGAUUCUCCUCUCCUUGCACUUCGGCGGGGCCAGGUAUCCGGUGAUGUGCCUGAGCUUCGCUGAGGCCACUGGCAGCUCCGUGACGGCGGUCUUGGCGCUUUCGCUGCUGCUUCUCAUUGGAAACUUCGGGUAUGCUGCUGCUCGCUUUGAUUCGAUACGACGGAUGGUCUACCGGCUUUCGUUGACGACCGAAGCAUGCUACCUGCAGGUGCUGCAAGCUGCGCCAAGCACGGCAAUCAUGACCAUUUUCCAGAGUGAUGAAGAUGUCUCCGCGUCUCUUGAUGGCCUGCGACAAGAUGCAGCAAUCGCAGAUGUGCGGAGCAACUAUGUGGAAGCCAGGCGACAUCUGCAGAGAUUUCAGAGAGACGUUUGUGACCCCCUGGCUGCGUUCGUCGUCACGGCCUCAGUCGAAGCAAAGCUCAAGAUGCUGACGGAGUUCUCACAGCAUGCUGCGGGAGCCGACGUGGAUGUCCUCUACUGCGAGGUCCUGUGCAAGGACAUGUCGGAAAUACAAGGUGCCUGGCAGGAGCUGAAGGAGCGAGUUCAACGCACCCCGGACAUGAGAAUUAUCGCUGUCCGCGACGGCUUCGCGAUGUCCUCUGGACGAAGGUCCGGUGAAGUCGUCCUUGCUAUCCACGGCUACUUGGCGACCGUCGUGUUCCUCGAGGCAACUUUGGUGAAGCAGGAGAAGAAGCUGGAGGGCUUGUGCCGCUUGGCGGAGAGCAUUGGCCUGCUGGACGACGUCAAGCCAGAGAAUUGGGAGACCUUCUCUACGAA